AGCUAGCGACCCAUCGGCACGUUGGAAGAUCAGUGAACGGUUCUUUUCGAGGAUGCGCUACGUUUUAGUAACACUCAUAGUAAUCUGUUUUUCACAUGAUGAAAGUGCUGGGUACUACGGACAGAUCAUAUGCAGUAGUACCACAUGAUCGAAAUUAUGCAGAUAAAGGAUUUUUUGUUGAUGUUAAUUGUGUAGGUGAUGAGUAUAAUGUUAAACAGUGCAAAUGGUUCUCAAUAUACAAUAGUUCAUGCCAUUAUUUACUUGCUAUUAAAUGUAUAGAUUGUAACAACUCUUUAACAAUUGCUGGCGAUGAAUUAUCAGUUGUAACUCUUCCUCAGUAUUCACCUUGUGGAGUGGAAUCAGCUUGUGAAUGGAAUAUUUAUCUGAAGAAAAUGGAAAGGAAGGUUACACCUAUCAAAUUUCAAAGCUACAAGAACAUUACUGGCAAUGGAGCACAGAUGAGGAAAAGAAUUCUUGCAUUAAGCUGGGUAGAUUAUCAGGAGGAAACACAUUUCAUAGAAGGAACUGAUGAAAAUUUCACUGCUAAAAGUCUGGAAGUUGCAUCAGAUAAAUUUGUUUUGCAUUACUUUGCCCAGAACUGCAGUACACUUGUAGCUCAAGAAAGAGUACAGCUUGUGAUAAAUGACAAUCAACAGCCAACAGGUUACAUUAAUGAGGAAUCUACAAGAUUACUGGCACUUAUUUUGCCACUGUGUGUUGCUGUAGCUGGAAUUACAACUCUGAUUGUCUGCAUAUGCUACAAUAUAAAAAAUAAAGCAAGGUUUCAAGAGUAUCGCUUGGAUGCAGUAGGCUCAUACAAGAGCCUUAACUGCUUGACUGGCAUGACAUCACCUCAAAAAACAACUGUUGAUGAUUACCUGGUAACACCAUGGGGCAAAGAUUACAAAGUCCAUGAAGAAAAUAAUGAAAUACAACUUGGCUCUGUCACCAAAUACACAAUAAACAGAAACAAUAUCCAUGAUCAUGAGAGUGAAAGAAAAGUUGACACGAGCAGUACCUUUGAGGUUAAAAGAAAACAUCCUUUUACAAGUAAUCACAAGAUAAAGGCUGACACAGCAUAUUCAGUCAAGAGACAUCAGUUAUCUGAAGUGCCGAUCCCAAGAAACAGCAAUCAACGAUCCAGCCUUAGCAAACAAAUCAGCUCAGAAACGGAGACUACUUACUCCUGCAGGAACUCCGAAUUGGAACCUACUUAUUCCUGCAGGAGCUCAGAGUCUGAGAAAAGCUAUUUCUCUGUAACUCACUAUGGAGAUGCAGAUUAUGCCUGUUCAGAAGCAGGUACAUUCAUUAGUAUCAAUUCAGAACAUUCUGCUCCUGUGACUGUAGAAGAGUAUGGUUCUGUUCAGUCUCUAUAAGGAACAGUACAAAAAGUUUAUCCUUUGUGACUUUGAGAUACUUCAUGCAUGUUGAUAUUUUCAGAACCUGUGCAUGUAAGGAAAAAAGUUUGUACUUUCUUUUGUACUCAUUUUGGUGCUAUACCACUUUCAUUUUGUUACUCACUUCAUUAGCUCAUGUAUAUA